UGUUCUGCGUACUGUAACUCCACCAUCAUGCGUGAAAUUGUGCACCUGCAGAUCGGGCAAUGUGGCAACCAGAUCGGCUCAAAGUUUUGGGAAGUGAUCAGUGACGAGCAUGGGCUGAAUGCCACGGGUCUCUACGAGGGAGACAGCGACCUCCAGCUGGAGCGGGUCAAUGUCUACUUCAAUGAGGCACACGGUGGUAAAUACGUCCCCAGGGCCCUGCUGGUGGACCUGGAGCCGGGCACCAUGGACAGUGUGAAAGGGAGCCGCAUCGGAGCCCUCUUCAGACCCGACAACUUCAUUCAUGGAAACUCGGGUGCUGGAAACAACUGGGCUAAGGGUCACUACACGGAGGGCGCCGAGCUGGUGGAGCAGGUGAUGGACAGAGUGAGGAACGAGAGCGAGAGCUGCGACUGUCUGCAGGGCUUCCAGCUGGUCCACUCGCUGGGCGGCGGCACGGGCUCCGGCAUGGGGACGCUCAUCAUCAACAAGAUCCGAGAGGAGUACCCCGACCGCAUCCUGAACACCUUCAGCAUCAUGCCGUCGCCCAAAGUCUCCGACACGGUGGUGGAGCCCUACAACGCCACGCUGUCGGUGCACCAGCUCCUGGAGAACACGGACGAGACCUUCUGCAUCGACAACGAGGCCCUCUACGACAUCUGCUUCCGCACGCUGAAACUGACCACGCCGACUUACGGGGACCUCAACCACUUGGUGUCCCUGACCAUGAGUGGGGUCACGACCUCCCUGAGAUUCCCCGGGCAGCUCAACGCCGACUUGAGGAAGCUGGCGGUCAACAUGGUGCCCUUCCCUCGUCUCCACUUCUUCAUGCCGGGCUUCGCCCCCCUGACGUCACGAGGCAGCCAGCAGUACAGGGCCCUCACCGUCCCAGAGCUCACCCAGCAGAUGUUUGACGCCCGCAACAUGAUGACGGCGUGCGACCCGAGGCGGGGGCGCUACCUCACGGUAGCCGGCAUCUUCCGCGGCAAGAUGUCGACCAAAGAGGUAGACGAGCAGAUGCUCGCAAUCCAGCAGAAGAACAGCAACUACUUCGUGGAGUGGAUCCCCCACAACGUCAAGGUCGCCGUAUGCGACAUCCCACCCCGAGGACUCAAGAUGGCGUCCACGUUCAUCGGCAACAACACGGCCAUCCAAGAGAUUUUCCGCCGCGUCGGCGAGCAGUUCUCCCUGAUGUUCAGAAGGAAGGCGUUCCUCCACUGGUACACCGGAGAGGGGAUGGAUGAGAUGGAGUUCACCGAGGCGGAGAGCAACCUCAACGACCUGGUGUCCGAGUACCAGCAGUACCAGGACGCCACAGUGGAGCAGGAUUGGGAAGUCGAGGAGGAAGAGGAGGAAGGACCGCCAUCACAGACAACAAUGGUCCAGUCUGGGGUGGAGGUUAAGAUGGAAACAGUGACAGAAGCAAGCGAAGAAACUGUAGUUCAGUAGAAGAUGCUAGAUGUACAGGGUGUCGGGGAUAUUUGAUUUGACGCAGAAGAGUGUGUGUGAAUGUUUAGAAUGAAAUUGCUUAAAGGAAAUUCCUAUUUUGUAAUUAAAACAUGGCCAGUGGUUGAUUUAGAUAGGAUUUUACAAAUAAAAGAUGCUGAUGUUGAUCUGAAAAACAGUUCGUAACGUUAACUUUUUUUUCUUGAAAUGAUUUGUGGUUGUACAUUUACUUUCCAAGUGUCAGAGUCAAUUUGUUUUUCAUUAGAUAUCUCAAUGGAGUAAUAUCAGCAAAACCCCUUAAAAAAACUUUUUUAAAAUGUGUUUUUAUUUAUUUAGGUAUGAUUUCAGCUUUUAUUAGAAUUUAUUUUAUUAUAUUUUAUGCACUGCGGCACCAUUUUAUCAACUCAGCUUUUUACUGUGUUAAAGUGAACAACUUUUUUUUUUAAAAGUGCUAUUUGAAUUUAUUUUGUUCUCACAAGUAUUUUGCAUGUACUUUCAGUUUGUUUUAUUCACAGUUUUAGAAAUGAAAUGUUUCACACUGUUCAAACAUUAUUUAAUGUGGUUUGUUAUGAUGAGAAAUAAAACUAAAGAGUGGUCA